UGGCAGCCAAAAAAAAAAAAAAGCACAUUGUGAAAUCCAGUGUACUGAAGUUCAAUCUUUACACCUGACACACACCAUUUAAUCAUUGAGCAACACAGUCAAUCAGCACAGCACUGAGACGCAAGCUGUCACAGUUUUCAAGGAAGAGAAGAUACUAAAGGCACAAGCAUGGGAGAGUGGGGCUUUCUCUCCAAGCUGCUGGACAAAGUGCAGUCUCACUCCACGGUCAUUGGGAAAGUGUGGCUCACUGUUCUCUUUGUCUUCAGGAUCAUGGUUCUCGGAGCUGGGGCUGAAAAGGUCUGGAGCGACGAACAAUCAAAAAUGAUCUGCAACACUAAGCAACCUGGUUGUACAAACGUGUGUUAUGAUCACACCUUUCCAAUCUCCCACAUUCGCUUCUGGGUACUUCAGAUCAUCUUUGUGUCCACGCCAACACUUCUAUUCUUCGGUCAUGUUCUGCAUAUCCUCCACAAAGAUAAGAAACUAAGACAGCAGAUUGAAAGCCAUGAGGAAAAGCAAGGCCUCAAACAUCCCACAUACACUAAUGAUCAUGGCAAAGUUAUAAUCAAGGGCCAGUUAUUAGGCAGUUACCUAGCCAGCCUGUUUGCUAAGAUCUUGCUUGAGGCUGCGUUUAUUGUAGGCCAGUAUUAUAUUUACGGUUUCAUAAUGAUUCCUAAGAUUGAAUGCUCCCAAUCUCCUUGCCCUCAUACGGUUGAGUGUUACAUGUCUCGUCCCACAGAGAAAACCAUCUUUAUUAUCUUCAUGCUGGUGGUGUCGUGUAUCUCUCUGCUUCUGAACGUGAUUGAGAUGUUCUACCUGAUGUGCCGCAGGUCAAAGAGACAUCGUGAGCAGAUGAACAGAUGAGCACGUUCUCGCAAGGUUUAAACGGACCUUCAAAGUCUACCUAAACUUAAGACUGAAAAGAUCAUGUUUGAAGUUUUAAGCUCGUCCAUAGCUAAAUGAAUGUAAGAUCUGGGUAUUCAAAUUCAAGCCAUUUUGUGAUCAUUUUGUUUUGCAAAGUUUUUGUUUUGCUGUGUAAUGAUAAUAUGCAUUUUGAACAAUGUGUGCACCAGGAUGAAUGUUGAUGUACAUCUGCAUCGUGCCACAGGACAUUUCAAGUAAUUUUAUAUGGACUUCAUUUAAAUUUUAACCUUUAUUAAGGUAAUGACCUCUCAUUUAUCUCUUCUUAUAAACAUUUGUGAUGCUUUAAUUGUCUUACAGUAGAAUUGUCAUAAAACACUAAGACAAUAGUUCAUUAUGUAGCACACUAGGCUACAUAUUUUCUUAAACACAUUCUUCUCUCUCUCUCUCUAUUUUGUUAAAGCAAGCCACAUGGAGCCUAACUAUAUGAGAGGGGUGUUAGUAUAUGAGGUUAUUUGUGUCAUAAAAGCAUAGCUCAUGCUAAUUUUAGCACUUACGAAUUCUGUUUUUAAUUGUGUGCAUCACUCCGCUGUGGAAGCCGGAAGAGAGAGAUAUUCUGCUGUUAACCACAAACUGUUUUCAUUAGUUAAAAUAAUGUCUUUAAACCUUUGUAAAUAUUGUAACUAUGUUUUUUCUUGUUAAGAUAUAUUAAAGUAUGUCUCAGCUAAUGAUGUGUGGGCAGUAGGCUAUAUUAGGAAAUGUUAGUUGUAUUAAUUUCAAUUAAAGGGGAGAUCUAAACAUA